AUUUUUACUACGUACGUGUGAAACUGUGCUACUGACACCAUCAUACAUACCAGACACUAACGUCUCUUUCAUAAGUGCCAAUUGUUUUAUCAAAAUUGUCAACUUGGGUGGCUGCUUUUUCAACAAUUCAAUGACAUGCAGUCAAUUAAUCCUUUCACCUGAUGUAGAGCUGGACAUUUUUUUUUUAUCAGUCGUAUUGGAUUUCCAAUUUUCUUUUUUUAUUCUUGUGUUUAUCUUUUAGAUAUGGAGCAGAUAAAAUUCAUUAAUUUUAGGUCGUCGACAUGGGAGCCGUCGUGGAUGUCAUUACGGCCCUGGAGAAGAAGAUUAUUACUAAAGAAGUGCUCGAGGAAACGCGGCUGGGUAAACACAUCAAUGAGCUCAGACGAAAAACGACGAACGAAGCACUGGCGAAACGUGCCAAAGAUUUGGUACGAUGGUGGCGUGACACCGUGUUACCGUCAUCUGGACAACAACACGGGUCAAACCCACCAACAGCACCUCCAAAUCCUGUAGUAAUAGACAACACCUCGUCCCAUCAAACGUUAAAUGGAACAAAACCAGCGAGUCCACUGGUAACAGCAGCACGUACAGUUAAACCACGUAGUCCAGUACCAGGAUCUGCGGCGACGCGGAUAAAACCCCAGAGUCCAUUGAUGCGUGAUGCAACAACAGCACAAUUUUCGGUGGCUGGUAAAAAUAUCAGCCCAUCGUUGUCACUAAACAGUGAUUCAUGUUCACCAAAUUCAACACCUAUCAAACUGCCAAUAGUUACGUCAAAUUAUAAACUAAAUACAGCUGGUUCGCCAAAGUUAAGUGGUACCAGUAAUCAAAAUCAUUCAAUAGAAGCAGUACCAAGAACUCACAGUUCAAAUAAACGUUUACGAAAAGAAGAUACUCAACAACAGCAAAUAAAUUCACCUCAUCAGCAACAGUAUGACGUUAACUCGACAUCUAGAGACGAGCUUACGAGUAUUACUGUUCCAGUUGCUAAAAAACAACGUGUCAAUGGUGAUUUUAACAUAAAUAUUAACUCGCAAGUGCCUAAUAGCCCGUCUUCGUCGUCUACUAGUACGCGAAAUGAGGGUAUCGUUAAUCCAGUACUGGACUCGAGUUUGUCUGGUAAUUUAAGUACUGGAACAGCAACCGCUAAAACAGAACCCGUACCACCGGUUGGACCAAAAAAACGUGGACGAAAAAAAGGAAGUAAAUCAGUAAAAAGUCAAUCGUUGUCUGAGGAUCGUGUGAAAGAAAAGUUAGCGAGUAUAUCACGUAAUCCAAAAUUAAAAACAACACAGGAGAUACUUGCGGACAUACAAGUGCGCAAUGUCAGUGGCGCACUUGGUACCACGACGACUGGUCCUGGUCAACUGAAACGCGAGCCACCGACAACUGAUGAAAUUCUACGGAAUACGGAGAUUAAUAAUCGUAAUCUUGCCUCGAAUAACAACACCCGUACGAAAAUUCAAACGAUAAAUCGUUAUGAAUCUCAACGUUUAUCUGCUGGCAGUACUACCCCUGCUGGACCUGGUGCCGAUCAACAUCUUGACACUGAUGGGGUCAAAGCUGAACGAGUUGCAGAACCAGAUCCUCCAUCGAUAGAAGCUACCCUCAAAGAAAUUCUCUCCAAGUUACCGCCGUUGGAUCUCGACGCUAUAAGAUGGAGCGACGACGAAACGAAUAACGAGGAUGAGCUUGAGCAUAAACUUGAUGACCAGGACAAUACGACGACGGAAGAUCGUGUUAAAAUAACUGAUGAUCAAGUAGAACGUCUUCACACAGAGUGUAUUGAAAGUUUGAAUGGUAAUUUUCAAAUGAAACUUAAUAAAAAAUCAGUGAAUAAGGAGGUAGUUGAUGAUAUUGAUGAAUCUGUUAGUAAUAAAAUUGUUGGUGUGUACAAACGUCGUGUUGUUGAUGACGAUACGGAACGUGAGUUUCGAGAGUGGCAUGAAAUGUUGGCAAGACCCAGUUUCGAUGGCCAAAUUCUCCACAUAUUGCCUUACGUUAUCAUCGAUUAAUUAUUAUUAGUUAUUAUUAUUAUUAUCAUUAAUAUUAUAUUAUUUUGAUUAUUAUCUAAGUGCAUAAGUAAUUUUUUUACAUUAAUCGUAUUGUAAUAAAUAUCGCGAUUAAAUUUAAACAAAUUUUUUUUUUUCAUCCACAUCCAGAAAUUAUUAUUUUUUUUUUUUUUUUAUAAUUAUUUAGUCUUCCUGGGAAUAAUUAAAAAAAAAUCUAUCGCGAUAAUUGGAAAUACGAUUUAAAUGUAAAGAAAAAAAAAUUAAAUAAAUAAAUAAAUAAUAUUUUUAAAUGUAAACUACUGAGCCACGGUGUACAUUUUAUAUAUUAAUGAUUUAAUUUGUCAUUAAUAAACUUGUCAAUUUUUUUUUCUUGUUUUGAGUCCCGGCAUUGAGUGUCAACGCUGAGAAAUUGUUUUUAUUUCAUCUUUUUAAUUAUA